AUGUUUUUACGACAAUUACAAUCUAUUAUGCCAUUUACAACGAUUAUAGCAAUUUCAACCAUUACGACAUUAUGUACUUUGCCAAGUUCCCUUCCGCGAAAUCGAAAAACCACUCUUCGUGCUUCGGUACUGAACAACACUUUUGGUGUUGAGUAG